AUGAGUAUCCAGAUGACCCUUGUUUUCGGCAUUCUUGUCACACAGAUGACAGCUUUGCUGUUAUUGCUCUUGCCUUUACCUCAUGUGGUAAGAAUGCGCCUUCUUGACGGCUAUGCUGUCCUCAAGCGCAAUACCAACGUCAGAGUAGGUGUUGUGUUCACCACAAUUCUCUUGGGUCUUCAAUUCCUUGACUGUGUCAAGAAAGUCAGAAGAUACGCCACCUUGGAUAACCCAUACUAUGCUCAAUUCAAUGCUGGACAACCGAUGGCUUUGCUGCCUGAUAAGCUUGCGUCCAAGUUCUACGCACAACGUAACCUCUACAUCACAGGUGCCGUGUUAUACUUGGAAUUGGCCAUUCAAACUGUCAUCACCAUCUUGGAUAAGUUGGUACGUAAGGAGAACUCGUACAGAGAGUUAGCCAAGACUAGCAAGAGUACUGAGAGUGAGGAUGAGGAGAUCCGGUCUUUGCGUGAUCAGAUUGCGAAGAAAGAGGUAGAUAUCAAGGCUUUGAAGAAGCAGUUGACUGGCUUGCAGUCAGCAUAUGAUGGAUUGAAUGAGUCGAAGGUGAAUGCAAAGGAUGAGUGA